GCGGCUUGACCCUCGCCGGCUCCCGUAGGCGGCCGCGCCCGGCAGGGUCGCUAUGGCAACGGGAGGCCCGGCGGCCGCGGACGGCGACUCCUGCUCGGCGGCGCCCGAUGGAGAAAUACGAGCGGAUCCGGGAUCGUCCACCUGUGCCUGCGCCGGCUGGACCAGAAGCUGGUCAUCCUGAAGCAGAUCCCGGUGGAGCAGAUGACCAAGGACGAGCGCCUGGCGGCCCAGAACGAGUGCCAGGUGCUGAAGCUACUGCACCACCCGCACAUCAUCGAAUACUACGAGAACUUCCUGGAGGACAAGGCCCUGAUGAUCGCCAUGGAGUACGCGCCGGGUGGGACCUUGGCCGAAUUCAUCCAUAAACGGGGCAAUUCCCUCCUGGACGAAGAGACCAUCCUGCACUUCUUUGCCCAGAUCCUGCUGGCCCUUCACCACGUCCACGCCAAGCAGAUCCUGCACCGGGACCUCAAGACCCAGAAUAUCCUGCUGGACAAGCACCACACCACGGUCAAGAUCGGAGACUUCGGCAUCUCCAAGAUCCUCAGCAGCAAGAGCAAAGCCUACACCGUGGUGGGCACCCCUUGCUACAUCUCCCCGGAGCUGUGCGAAGGAAAGCCCUACAACCAGAAGAGCGACAUCUGGGCCCUGGGCUGCGUCCUCUAUGAACUGGCCAGUCUGAAGAGGGCCUUCGAGGCAGCCAACCUGCCUGCUUUGGUUCUGAAGAUCAUGAGCGGCACCUUUGCCCCCAUCUCGGACCGCUACAGCCCGGAGCUGCGCCAGUUGAUCCUCAGCCUGCUCAACCUGGAGCCCUCCAAGCGGCCGCAGCUGGACGAGAUCAUGGCGGAGGCCCUGUGUGUCCAGCCCCUGCUCAACCUUUACACCGAUGUGGGCAGCGUCCGGAUGAGGAGACCCGAGAAGUCGUGGACGGCGGUGCCUCCCGUGGCCCAGAGCAGAGCUGGGGGUGCGACUGUCGCGGCCAGAGUGAGGGGUUGCCGCUCGGGGCCCCCCAGGCCUGGCCUCCCCCCAGCCUUGUCCUCCAUCUACACCUGGGGCUCUGGCAUCACCUCUCCCCUCCGCCUGCCCAUGCUGAACACGGAGGUGGUGCAGGUGUCCACGGGCCGCACGCAGAAGGCCGGCGUGACCAAAUCCGGGCGGCUGGUCAUGUGGGAGCCACCCCCCUUUGGCCUGGUUGGGGGGCCCUCGCUCCCAGGGGCCACGGAGCAGCUGCACCCCCAGUUUGUGUGUCGCUUCCUGGAGGGCCAGUCCGGAGUGACCAUCAAGCACGUGGCCUGCGGGGAUCUCUUCACCGUCUGCCUGACAGACAGAGGGAUCGUUCUGACCUUCGGCAGCGGCAGCAGUGGCUGCUUAGGACACGGAGCCUUCGUGGACGUCAGCCAGCCGAAGAUUGUGGAGGCCCUGCUGGGAUAUGAGAUCACGCAAGCCGCCUGUGGCGCCUCCCACGUCCUGGCCCUCUCCAGCGAAGGGGAAGUCUUCACCUGGGGCAGGGGGGACAACGGGCGCCUGGGGCUGGGGAACCAGGAGUCCCACAGCUCCCCACAGCUGGUGCCCCUUCCCGCUGGCUACGAAGCCCAGAAGGUGCUGUGCGGCAUCGAUGCCUCCAUGAUCCUCACCUCCAGCAACCAGAUUCUGGCCUGUGGUAGCAACAGGUACAACAAGCUCUGCCAGGACGGGAUUGUGUCCCAGGGGGAGCCCCUCCCCACUGCUGACCAGGUGGAGGAAGUGCUGACCUUCAGCCCUGCCAACUCGGCCCCCCUGAGCCAAGAGGUCAUUGUGGGCGCGGACAUCGGAACCGCCCACUCCGCGGCCAUCACCGCCUCCGGUCAGUGCUACACCAUCGGCAGCAACCAGCAUGGGCAGCUGGGCCCCAUCUCCUGCCGGGCCAGCAGGGCCCCGUACCUGGUGGAGGGGCUCCAGGCCACUCGAGUCACCAUGGUGGGCUGUGGGGACGCCUUCACCUUGGCAGUGGGAGCAGAUGGCCAGGUCUACAGCUGGGGGAAGAGCGCCCGGGGCCGCCUGGGCAGGAAGGAGGAGGAGACGAGGAGCCCGCGUCCCGUGCAGCUGGAAGAGGGGGGGGCCCCCAGCCUGGUCGUCUCGGUCUCCUGUUGCCAUGGCACUACCCUGCUGACGGCCAAGCCCGUGGUGGAAGAACCCAGCCCGCAGUGAAUGGAGAGGAGCAGGCAGGGGAAAGGGCCCCCAUGGCGGUGCCUUCCCCUUGCAGGGGAUCCUGCCCCCCUCCCCACCUCACCUGGGAGGCUGAAGCUGACCCACGGACUGAGAGGGAGCCCAGCCCCCGCUGAUGCAAGAUUGCCCCCCUCCUCUCUGAGGCUUCCUGGGGUGAGAAGGGCUGCUGGGCCAAGGCCGAGGGCAGCAUCUCUUCCCUGGGGGCCAGGGAGUCACCCCACUGCCUUGUUUCGGGAUCUGUCCCAGGUGCCUGUCGGAUGCAGGGAUUUGAACCCGCUCCAGCCCCUGAGACCCAUCAGCGAUGGCAUUCUGCAGCCGUUACAGGUAGUCCUUGACUUACGACCGAAUCAGAGCCCCCUAUUUCCAUUGGUAAACAAGACAGGCGUUAAGCAGAUUUUGCCCCUUUCUCGCUGCAGAUAUUAAGUGAAUUACUGCCGUUGUUAAGUUUGUCACACGGUCAUUAAGUGAAUCUGGUUCUCCCCGUUGACUUUGCCAGUCAGAAGGUCACCAAAGGGGAUUGUGUGACAGCCGCCCUGGGACACUGCGUCCGUCGUAAAUACGAGUCAGUUGCCAAGGGUCUGAAUUUGGAUCACAUAACCAUGUGGAUGCUGCCACAGUCGUAAGUGAGAAACGGUCCCUUUUUUGGUGCCGUUGUAACUCCGAACGGUCACUCAGUGAAGCAUUGUAAGUCAAAGCCUACCUGUAGUUUUGGGGCCCUGUCCAGUGGCACCUCCCAAACUAAUGGAGACCCCAAUUCUCUGUCUGCUGACUCCCCCCCAACAAGAGCACCUCUAGCCGGGGGGGGUGGGAUUUCCAUUUUUACUGCCUCUGAGUAACAACCACUGAGCAUCUCUAGUCGUUGUUACUACUCCUCUGACUCUUGCAGUGGGGUCUCUUUGACAAUGCACAUUCUGCCUUCACAAACCCAAUAAUUACACUGCCCCCCCCCUCCCAACACUCUUUCGUUAGGCCCUGAAGACGCGAUUUGUCCAGCGGGACCCCGAGUCGGAUGGGGCCCCUCAACCAGCUCAUUUGACGGUGGGGGAGGGGUCACCCAGGGGCUGUGGUUUUUUAUUCUUUAUUUUUAUUUUUUCUAUCCUGUUUUUUAUUGCUUGUAAUAUUCGCUGUGAGCGAAUAGGCAGCUAUAUAAAUUUUCUAAAUAAAAUAAAAGAAGCAAAGGAAUUUGUAAUUGCUGAGUCUGGAAUACAGACCGCAACUGAGGCCAGAAUUUAGGUUGCUAAGCGAGACAUUUGUUAAAUGAGUGUUGUCCUAUUUUACAACUUUUUUUGCCACAUUUGUUAAGUGAACCGUGGCAGUGGUUCAGUUAAUGACACAGUUAUUAAG